CCAAGUUCCCCGGCAACCAGCAGCAUCCACCCGGCGGCAGGCGGGAGCCAGAUAGGCCCGGAAGGCUGAGGAGUGCGCCAGCCACUCGGAGUCUAGCGCGCCCCUACUUCUCUUGGUCUUCCUACGCCUCCCACCCUCAAGCUCCGACUAGUCUCUGCUACUGCGCCAACCCUGGGAGGGGGUUAGGAGCAGCCGCGCCCCCCUCCCCGCGGCAGCCGCUCCCCCCCCCUGCUUUUUCAGAUUCGCUCACUGCCGCGUGCGCCCGGGCCGGUGCGCCCAGGCAGCGCCAGCCAUGUCGAUGCUGCCGUCGUUUGGUUUUACGCAAGAGCAAGUGGCGUGCGUGUGCGAGGUUCUGCAGCAAGGAGGGAACCUGGAACGCCUGGGCAGGUUCUUGUGGUCGCUGCCCGCCUGCGAUCACCUGCAUAAGAACGAGAGCGUGCUGAAGGCCAAGGCGGUGGUCGCCUUCCACCGCGGCAACUUCCGCGAGCUCUACAAGAUCCUGGAGAGCCACCAGUUCUCGCCCCACAACCACCCCAAACUGCAGCAGCUGUGGCUGAAAGCGCACUACGUGGAAGCCGAGAAACUUCGCGGUCGACCCCUUGGUGCCGUGGGGAAAUAUCGGGUACGCCGAAAAUUCCCGCUGCCGCGAACCAUCUGGGACGGCGAGGAGACCAGCUACUGUUUCAAGGAGAAGUCUCGGGGCGUGCUGCGGGAGUGGUACGCGCAUAACCCCUACCCCUCGCCGCGGGAGAAGCGGGAGCUGGCCGAGGCCACCGGCCUCACCACCACCCAGGUCAGCAACUGGUUUAAGAACCGGAGGCAAAGAGACCGGGCUGCCGAGGCCAAGGAAAGGGAGAACACUGAAAACAAUAACUCCUCCUCCAACAAGCAGAAUCAACUCUCUCCUCUGGAAGGGGGCAAGCCGCUCAUGUCCAGCUCAGAAGAGGAGUUCUCACCGCCCCAAAGUCCAGACCAGAACUCGGUCCUUCUGCUACAGAGCAAUAUGGGCCACGCCAGGAGCUCAAACUAUUCUCUUCCGGGCCUAACAGCCUCACAGCCCAGCCAUGGCCUGCAGGCUCAUCAGCACCAGCUCCAGGACUCUCUACUGGGCCCACUCACCUCCAGUCUGGUGGACUUGGGUUCCUAAGUGGGGCGGUCCUGGGGCCUUGAAGGGACGGCUUGGAGAAGCAACCAACCGCAACGACUAGGGACACUUGUACAUAGAAGUCAGGAACAAUUUUGCAGCUUGUUUCUGGGGUCCUUUGCGCAUAAAGGAAUGAUGGGCUUUCACAAAUGUCUUUUUAAAAACUACAACCAACACCGAUCUCAGUUGAGCAUAGUCUCCCUCUCCUCUCUGGCUCUUAACCCUGUUGCAUUUCCCCUCCCGCUGAAAGGUCAGGAAACAAAAGCACCUAGUCUUGGUCCUGGGCAACCCAGGCAUCCAUUUCAGUAGCCUCUUCUUUCUCCUCCUCCUCUUCGUCUUCUUUUAGUGAAGAAAAAGUUCACAUCAACUGGAUUUUAGUUAUUUGCUUUUAAUUUAUUGAUGGAGACAUGGUUUAGGGAAGAGGAAAAGGAAAAGAAGAGGAAGAAGAGAGACAUAUCAAAAAUACCGAAAACAAAAACCCUCCAGGCUGAGAGCGGCUGGCUGCAGUCUUAAGAUGAAUAGGAAAAGUAUAAUCAUAACCGGUUUUGAUGGGAAAAUUAAGUUUACAUUUUCACAUUUAGUGUUAAAUAAUUUUAUGUAGAUUAAAAUGAAAGAACAGUAUUAGUGAGGAAAACAAGUGCCUAAAUGUCUUGAUGCUGUCUGUGUGAGGCGGUUAGAACUAGAAGAGACAUUAGUAAUACAACUAUUUUUGUCAAAUUUAGUGGGAUUUUUUUUGGGGGGAUUGAUUGUGUUCUUUUUCUUUUUCCCACGACAAACUUUAAAAGUGUACCAACAAGGGAGGGGAAGACACUUA